AUGAGCGAAAUUGCAAAUGGAACGCGGUCUACACGGUUUGAGUGGAGCCUUAUGCGUGUUGGCACCGAGCUGCACACACAUGAACAAGGAGUCGUCAUCAGUGUCCCUCAGGUAUACUUUUUGAUGUAUUGCUUUGCGUGUCGUAUGUCCCGCGAACAAAUAUUGCGCGAGGACUAUACAAAUGAAGGGAAAACUUUGUCAUCUGCAACAACAACAGACUGGUAUAGGUAUUGCCGAGAGGCCGUGGUAAUAUACCAGUUGGACCACCAAUAUGAACAAGGAAAAAUUGGUGGUCCGGGAAAAAUUGUUCAGAUUGACGAGAGCAAAUUUGGGCGGCGGAAGUACAACAAAGGCAGGCGCGUAGAGGGACACUGGGUUCUUGGGAUGAUCGAAGAUGGUAGCGAGGACAUACGCCUCGAAGUAUGUCCUGACAAUCUUCGAAYAGCRGACAUUUUAAUCCCAUUGAUCCAGAAGCACGUGGCUGAAGGAAGCAUAGUCCGGACGGACUGCUGGCGGGCAUAUGAUGCAUUACCAAAUUUUGGGCUCACACGCUUAUUUACAUGGGAUAAUGUGAUUGACGGUGGUCCAAGGAAAUGGACCCAUUCAGGUGUAGAGCUUAGUUUGGAGCCAACGGUUUCAGGCAGAAGAACGUUUCUGCACUUCGAGCACGACGUUUGA